AGCGCUUUAAACACACAACAGACGCGUUAGAGUUACACGAGCUUUUUUUGCUUUGUUUUGCUUUCCUGCACGUAAACGUCUUGGUUCGUCUGUGCGAAGGCGUCAUCCUUCACGCGCACAGUACAACACACAAGAGCGAAGAGGCGAUACGCAAGUACGGCAUUCCAAGCGUACAAUUCAAUAGAGUACUCUGUUGUUGGGUGCGUCGCCUUGCGGUACGCAUUCUCAGGCAUUAUCACUCCCCUCAAGCCUUUUCUUUCGUGAUUUACGUGGGAAUCUCUCACCUACUUUUCCCUCUUUUCUGGAGUUGACAUGCAACGCCACGGUUUUUGGCGUGUAUCCCGACAUACAUAACGGUGUACGUGUGUGGUGGAAUUGCUGGGUUGUUGCUGAGGUUUAUCGCGCUAUCGGCUGAAGGUUUUAUUCCUACUAUUUUUUUCUUCUGUGUCUGUUAGCCAACUUUAUUUUGGAUCUCUUUGUUCCCGACUUCGUUGCGUGGCUGCCUCCGGCGACUGGCGAGCGUGCUUGUCCAGUGCGACCUCACUUCUUCUUUCCCUUUCCUUGCCGUGUUGGUGCUGACCAAAGCACUGCCUUUCUUCUCUUCGACAGUCUUUCAUUGCCUUUAUUUACUUUUUUAGCGGCUUUUCUAUUCUAUUUCGCGGUUUCAACCGCCACCGUUUUAGCCAUGUCGUGGCAUCAGGAAGGCUGUAGCGGGCUAUGGCGCUCCGAGGAUAUGGUUCGCGUUAAUAUCAUCCUGCAGCGCGAGGUGCUGCACGAUACGAUGUUCGAAGUGGGCAUGCUAGGCCGUGUGCAGUUCCUCGACGCAAACGAAGGCAUUGCCGCCUUUGCGCGGCCCUAUACCGAGGACCUGCGGCGCUGCGAGGAGCUGCAACGCAAACUGCACUUCAUCGAAGAGUCGCUGCGCAAGGAGCCGGAGCUGCUGGAACGGUACAGUACAGACAUCAACAUGAGCGCCACUGUCGAAGAGAUGCGCUCGUCGCUCAUGCAGGGCCAAAUGAACGUGAUCGACGAUCGCAUCGAGUCCACCGUGAGCGAGCUCAAUGCGAUGCUCAUGUCACUCGAGGGCUUUCAGAGCGAACUGAAUCGCAACCAGGAAAUGGAGGUGCUCUACCAGACGUACCAGCAGAUGGUGUACGCACACGCCGACGAGCCGAUGAGCGAUGAGGCAGCGGAGGCGCCGGGCAGCCACGUGGGCAGUGCGUCUGCACGCUCCAGCGCCGUCAUCAGCGCGGAGGCCUUCUCGCGCCUCUCUAGUCUUUUUGGUCUUCUCGACACCACCCGCGCGGAGGAGCUGUACCGGCUGUGCUACCGGGUGAGCCGCGGUAACGCGAUUGUCGAGAUCAGCAACGCGCCGGAGUUGUUCGUCGACACCAAAACAGGCGAGCGCAACGUCUCCAAGACGGCCUUUGUUGUGUUGUGCUCCUCGCCGCUGGUGAUCACACGUCUGAAGAAGCUAGUCGGCGGCCUCGGGGCCUCUGUGUACACGCUGGAGGAGGUCCACACCCACGGGGCGGAGAUAGCGCUGUCCCCUAACGCGCACCACGUCGAGGACACCGUCGAGGGCGUGGAGCGUCGCAAGCGCGAUGUGCUGCAGCUCUGGUACGAGGAGCAUCGACUGUACAAAACGUAUUUGAAGGUGGAGAAGGUAGUGCUGACCGCCAUGAACAUGUGCGCGAUGGCCGGCUCCACGUGCACGGCGUCUGCCUGGGUACCACUGCGCCACGAGCAGGCACUGCGUCGCGCCCUGCAGGACGCGGUGGCGUCGGCGAACGGGAGCGUAGAGUCCAUCGUGGCGCACCACGCUGAUCAGAAGCACCCGCCCACCUUCUUUGAAACCAACCGCUUUACCGAAGCGUUUCAGGGCAUCGUGAGCAGCUACGGCAUUGCCCGUUACAAGGAGGUCAAUCCCGGCGUGUUCACCAUCAUCACCUUCCCUUACCUAUUUGGCAUAAUGUACGGUGACAUCGGGCACGGCGUGCUGCUGCUGCUCAUUGCAUUAUACUUCAUCUACAAGGAGCGGGCGUGGCGCACGGUGCAGCUGAAUGAAAUCGUCGCCAUGGUGUUUGGUGGCCGCUACCUGCUGCUCCUGAUGUCCCUGUACGCCAUUUACAUGGGGCUGCUGUACAACGAUUUCUUUGGCUUCUCGCUGAACCUCUUUUCCAGCGGCUACACGUGGGCCCCCAUCACCGCGCAGAAUGGCACCACCUACCCGACGACGCCGAACGGUUUACCAAGCGUGAAGCCGUCGCACGUCUACGCCCUCGGCUUAGAUGCGGCGUGGUCGGAGACGGACAACAAGCUGGAGCUUUACAACUCGGUCAAGAUGAAGCACGCCGUCAUUGUCGGCACCGUGCAGAUGUUCGCUGGCCUUUUCCUCUCGCUCCACAACAGUGUGUACGAGCGGAACUGGUUUAAGGUCGCGUUCCUGUUUGUGCCAGAGUUCGUUUUCCUGUUUUCCACCUUCGGCUACAUGUGCAUCCUCAUUCUCGUGAAGUGGGGCACUACGUGGCGCAACACGAACGACGCACCGAGCAUCUUGGAGACCAUGACGAACUUCUUCUUGGCGCCUGGCACGGUGACGAAGUCACUCUAUAAAGGGCAGGCCGGUCUGCAGAUCUUUCUUCUUCUUCUGGCGUUUCUCAUGGUGCCCCUGAUGUUGCUGGGGAUGCCGUACAUCGAGAUGCGCGAGUAUAAACGGUGGAAGCAGCGGCGAUUCGGCGGCGGUGGUGGCGGCGGGGCGCAGCAUGCGAGCAUGGUCGUCAUCGAGAACGAAGACUCCGCGGAUGGAUUCUUUAACGAGCCUUCCACCUCCGUUCAAACGGCCACCGCUGCCUCGCAGCGGCAGACCCGUGCGGACGGCGGCAACGACAGAAGCGCCGCCGCUUCACCACCCCCACCGACGCAUGAUUUGAUCAGUGACGACGAACAGGCGCUGUACAACGCGGCUGUCUUCUUCGGGGAUGACUCCAUGGACCCGUAUGGCGGCGCUGCCGCCGACAUGGACAAUGCCGCAGUUCGUGCAAGGGAGGAGGAGGACGAGCACUUCGAGCACUUUGACGUGUCGGAGCUGGUGAUUCAUUACGUCAUCCACACGAUUGAGUACGUGCUGGGCAGCGUCUCCAACACCGCCUCGUACCUCCGUCUUUGGGCCCUCUCGCUGGCGCACGCGCAGCUGUCGGAAGUGUUCUUUACCUUCACGGUGGUGAACGUGUUGAGUGUCAAGGAUAGCUCGGGCUUUGUCAUUGCGAUUGGCGUUAUGCUGUGGAUUGUGGUGACGUUCGCCGUGCUGGUGGGCAUGGAGGCGCUCUCGGCCUUCUUGCACGCCUUGCGUCUCCACUGGAUGGAGUUCCAAAACAAGUUCUAUGUGGGUGACGGCAAGGCUUUUGAUCCGAUGGAUCUCCUUAGCUUGAACGCGCACAAUUGA